ACUCACUCAUAAAUCCCACUCUGGGGUUUUCCGAGCUCCUCCGUCAAUGGCCGCCACCACCGCCACCGUCGACGCCUCUCUCUGGUGGGAUCCGUUCUCUCUCCUACUCACCGACCUCGAGAACGCUCCUCUCUCCUCCUCCUCCUCCUCCUCCGACCUCCCUCCCAAUCUGGUCAAGAAAUUGAAGGCCAAUCACGCCUGGUUCGUCGACACAGUGAGCCUCUUCAAGCCGCCGAGUGAGAAAUCAAAGGCCGCUUUGGACUCGCAGCUCGUCAAGGUCGGCUCUCACCUGCUGAAUAUCAAGCCUGAGUUGAAAGACAAGGCUCUCACCAUCAGCUCCUACUUGUGUCUUGAUGAGGUGCAAUCGUACAUUCUAGUGGAAAGGUCUCUCAAGGAUAACAAUGUAGGUCUUGAAUCUGCAGGGCACGACUUUGUUCAUGUGGUGUUGAUUUACUAUUAUAUUGAGCGGCAGUGCUUGCUGAAGUGUACCAAGAGUAUACUCAUGCUUGCUUUGUCUCUGGGAAUUGAAUCUGGAGAAGGAAGUCCUAUUAAGGAGGAAGCACUGAAGUUGGUUUCUGAUGGACUGGAGAAGAAAUUAAUAUCUCUGCUGCAAGACCUUUUUUCUUCCAGUCCCACUGAAGAAAUGGAUGUUGACCUUUUCAGUUUGUGGGCUGAGGAGACACUAAUUGAAGACAAUUUGGUUCUGGAUAUUCUUUUCCUUGCUUAUUAUGAGUCACUUUGUACUUGUAAUGGUGGAACAUGGAAAGCAUUGUGCUUGCUCUAUAAGGGGAUUUUAUCUGGGUCUUCUAACUUUGAAAAGCUGGCAAUAUCUACUGAAGCACUGCGAUCUUCUUACCAAGCUAAAGUUCAGCUUCUUCUAAUUCUUAUAGAAACCCUGGACCUGGAAAGUCUUCUCAAAAUGGUCCAUGAUGAAGUACCUUUCAGGGACGGUCAAACUGCUAUUACUUUGGUUGAUGUCCAAGAGAUUGAAGCAAUAAUUUCAACAUUGAAUGCAUUUGAAACAAAAGGGGCGGGCCCAUUAAUUCUUGCAUGGGCAGUGUUUCUAUGUCUGAUUUCAUCACUUCCAGGCAAAGAAGAAAACAAUGCACUAAUGGAGAUUGAUCAUGUUGGUUAUGUUAGCCAAGCAUUUGAGGCAUCAUCCUUGACUUAUUUCGUAGAAAUCCUUGAAAGUGAUGUAUUGAAGGAAUCCGAUGGGCCUGUUGCUGGUUUUCGAAGUGUGUUGAGAACUGUUAUUUCUGCAUUUAUUGCAGCUUAUGAGAUCAAUCUUCAGAUGGAAGAUGGAACCCUAAUGAUAAUAGUGGAUAUCCUUUGCAAAGUUUAUCUGGGAGAGGAGUCUCUUUGCAUCCAGUUCUGGGACCGAGGAAGUUUUAUUGAUGGUCCCAUCCGGUGUCUUCUCUGCAGCAUAGAGAGUGAAUUUCCUUUCAGGACUGUCGAGCUUGUUCGCCUUUUAUCAUCACUUUGUGAAGGAACCUGGCCUGCUGAAUGUGUGUACAACUUUCUAGAUAAGUCUGUUGGUAUAUCAUCCUUGUUUGAGAUUGCAACGAAUUCCUUCAGGGAUGACAUCUCUCAAAUUGUUGAGACGAACCACCCUUUGCACGUCCCUGGACUUGAAGGUUUGGUCAUUCCCAGUAAAACCUGUGGCCGUAUAUUGAGAUUAGUUGAUGAAAAUACUGCUCUUGUUCGAUGGGAGUAUACACAAUCUGGGGUACUAGUUUUGCUCAUGCGCUUGGCCCAAGAGGUAUAUUUCAAAAGAAAUGAAGAAGUUCUUCUUAUCCUCAACCUGCUUAGCCGGAUGGUCACCUUUAGCAUGGCUGUGUGCUUUGCUUUGAUGGAUGUUGGGUGCUCUUUGCAUUUCCAAUCAACUGGCAUGAGUGGGCAGAAUACCAUGUGGGUGGUUGAGAUGAUUAGCACUCUAGUCAGAAGGUUAUCCCCUACUCGUAGUGGUGCUGCUCUAAUGUCCGUGGCUAUAAACAUAUUGGCAAAGAUGUUGAAAUGUUCCCCUUCUCAUGUUGCUGAGGUGGCCUUAAAAGCAAAUAUGUUUGAGUUUGAGAUUGGUGACAAUGUUCCGUCAAGUGGAUCAUGGUUACUUUCUGGAAAGCCGGCGAAGAUGCUUGUAAUUGACUGUGAACAUAAUGAUAGUGACUGCACAUUGACUAUAUCAGUGCUAGACUUUACUCUUCAGUUCAUGGAAUCAGGUGUGAAGAAUGAUGGUGUAUUGGCUUUAAUUGUUUUCUCUCUCCAGUAUGUUCUCGUUAACCAUGAGUACUGGAAAUACAAGUUAAAGCACACCCGAUGGAAAGUAACAUUGAAGGUGCUUGAAGUGUUGAAAAGGUGUUUAACAUCAACCUCAUGCUCUGAAAAUCUGGAUGAAGUCAUCCUAGAUAGAAUUUUUUGUGAUUCUUCCAUCCAUUAUACUCUUUUUCAAAUUGUUUGUACAACACCACAAACAUUAGAGAGACUUUACUUCAGUCGUCUUGUUGAGCUAACAGAGAUUGAAGGGUUACAGCUGGCUAUAUGUUCUGUUCUAGAAGUUCUUUUCAUCAUGCUCUCCAAAUUUUCCAAGGAUACAUCUUCCGGCCUUCAAAAUUUUCACCAAGCAGUUUUCUCCUCAGCAACAAAACCUGUCCCUAUAGUUGCAGCGCUUGUAUUGUUGAUAUCUUAUUCUCGCAAUCCACAAAUACAAAUUGGUGCUGCUAGGGUUUUGUCAGUGUUCUUGAAGAGUGCAGAUAUUAUCCAGCCGCAUUUGUUUGGAAGCAGCUUUGGACUAGAUGAUAUACAGAUUGGAGAUCUGAGGCAUGCUGUUAGUGACAUAUUACUUGAGCAGUCAGCAUUAAAUGAAGAUCUCUUAGUUGCUGUAGUCAAUUUGCUCACGUCUGCUGCUCGAUAUCAGCCUGCUUUUCUUGUUGCUGUGUUAUCCACCAAAGAGAGUAAAGAUGUCCAGCCGAGUAAUGCUGCUGAUGUGAAGCUACCAACAAAUGAAGUUCUGUCGAGGUUAUCUGAGUAUGAAAAGGCAAGUGUUGUGGUUGCAGUGUUGUAUCAUAUUAGAAGAUCUAGUGAUCUUAUCAACAGUAAUCCUCGUGUGCUGCUGAAUGUUCUCAACUUUUUAAGAGCUCUGUGGGAAGAUGCUGCUCAAUAUUCUGAUAUUUUGGAAUGCAUGCGAGGCUCUGAAAAUUUCUGGAAGAACUUGUCGAGUUCUAUCAGUGUAGAAGCUCCUCCCUUUGAGAAUUUAACUGAAACAGAAGCUGAAGAUUUGGGAUACAGAUAUCAGUGUCAAUCUUCAAUAUUGGAAAUAAUGGCACAUGAUGUGUUCCUGCAGAAGAAACUGUUACAUGCAGAGUCACUUGUAAACCAAGUGACUGAAUCACAGGACAAGAUACAGAAUUUAGUGAGGACUGACAAUUCAAAAGGAGAAAAUCUAGAGGUUAUUUUAUCAGCCUGGUGUGGAAGCUCGGUUUGGAGCCAUCUGACCAAGUUGCUUAGUCAUAGUGAAUAUGACAUCAGUCUUAGUUUGCGGGCAAAGGUUGCUGCUGGUUCAGUCACUGCCCUUGUCAUGGUGAAAUUAGCACAGGGUGAUGCUGGAAGUUUGUCUGUGUCCUUACUUGAGAAGUCCCGCAUCCUUUUAAAAAAGCUGAGAAGCCAUCCUGCUUUUUCUGAAUUGUUAGCUCAAUAUUCACUGCGUAGUUACAGUGCAGAGAAGGAGCGAAAUUAUUUGAUACUCAGCGAUCUUUAUUAUCAUCUGCAAGGGGAGGUAGAAGGCCGGGAAAUUGGUUCUGCAUCGUUUAAAGAACUGUCUCAGUUCCUAAUUGAUUCCAACACUUUCCAAACUUACCAGCUGAAGUAUGAUGGUGAUCUUUUCAUAACUGGCAAAGAUGCGUACCUGUUUGAUAUCAAACGUGUAAGAGCUGAUUUGGGAUUAGAUCUCUGGGGCUAUUCAAUGUGGAAGGAGUCGGAGGCAAUUGCAGAACCGAUGUUGCAUCACAUGAAACAUGUGAACUCAAUGGUGUUUCUAACAAGCUCGAAGCUUUCCGCACUUAGAGCAUUAAGAAGUAUUCUAACUGUUUACCUGGAUUACUCACUGGAGGCAAAGAGUAAAGUGCAAGAAAUCUCUGAUCAACUAGUUUUCCCAUGCAUAGAUCACAUAUGCACAAAUUUCCUUGAUACAGUAGAAUCAUUGGCUCCAGUACUUGGUGCCUCUGAAGAGAUCUUUCACUUCCUUGCAGCUCAAGCAGAAUUGCUUCUGUAUCUUAUGAUUUCUGCACAUGAGAGCCUGCCUUCAUCUGUUUGCAUUCGUGUGCUCAAAUCAUCUGCUGCUGGCCUUAAAGUGUUGAGUGAUUUCCAACCAUUAGUUACUGGGUCAUCAGUUUCAGUGGUUAGCUCUACAGUCAAGCUCUUGCUCAUGCUGGUUCUCUCAGCAUUGAAGUUUAGUUGUCAUUCAAAUUUAGUUGGGCAAAGAGAUAUGGUAUCUGUUGAAGACAUGGCUAAAAUAUCUGAUAUGAGUCUACAUCUGCUACCGAUUCUCUGUAAUCGCCUUGCUAGUGCUGAGGACUGCAGGCUCUCGCUUACUACUAUGGACUUGAUAUUGAGAAAUUUCUUGACUCCCAACACUUGGUUUCCCAUCAUUCAGAAUCACCUCCAGCUUCAGCAUCUGUUUCUGAAGCUUCAAGAUAAAAAGUCACUGGAGUCUGUGCCUAUCAUAAUGAAGUUCUUUUUGACACUUGCUCGUGUGAGGCAGGGUGCAGAGAUGCUUAUUAAUCAUGGUUUUCUCUCGUCCCUUAGAUUCUUGUUCGCUGAGUACUUGGAUGAUAGGUCUGCUUCAGUAACUAUGACUGAUAGCCUUUCCAAUUCAUCUGACAUAAUGGAAAAGCCAAAACAAAUUUGGGGACUGGGUUCAGCUGUCAUCACAGCUAUGGUUCAGUCUCUAGGAGACAGUACUGCUUGUUCUGAUGUUGUGGAGAAUGUAAUACCGUACUUCUUUUUCGAGAAAGCUUAUAUGAUUUCAUACUAUCUCAGUGCACCAGACUUCCCAUCUGAUGAUCACGACAAGAAAAGACCUCGUGCACAGCAGAGACAAACUUCUCUUACUGAUCUUAAAGAAAUUGAGCACACUCUCAUGCUAAUGUGUGUGCUGGCAAAACAUUGGAAUUCAUGGGUCAAGGCCAUGAAAGAAUUGGAUUCCCAGCUGAGAGAGAAAAGUAUACAUCUUUUAGCAUUUAUCAGCAGGGGAACUCAACGUGUUGGAGAAACUUCCAGUUUUAGUGCCCCGCUCAUAUGUCCUCCUACCCUUAAAGAGGAAUUCAAUAGUUGCAAGAAAGCCUCGUUUGUUAACUGUAAAAGUGGGUGGUUUGCUCUUUCACCACUUUGUUGUGUGUCAAAACCAAAAUUAUUGACUGCCUCAAUCACAGCAACAGGGCAGACUAUUAAAACUCAAGCUACUGCAAACGGUUGUCUCAUUUCUCAAUCAUACUUCUCAGACACUAUUGCCCUACAGAUCUACAAAAUUACUUUUCUGCUAUUGAAGUUUCUCUGUUUACAAGCUGAGUGUGCUUCUAGAAGGGCUGAGGAGGUGGGAUUUGUUGAUCUUGACCAUUUUCCUGAGCUUCCGAUGCCUGAGAUCUUACAUGGCCUGCAGGAUCAAGCUAUUGCCAUCAUUACAGAAGUGUGUGAAGCAAACAGAAUGAAGGAGAUUCAAAUCGAAGUCCAGUCUAUCUGUUGUUUGCUGCUACAAAUAAUGGAGAUGGCGAUGUACUUGGAACUUUGUGUUCACCAGAUAUGUGGCAUAAGACCAGUGCUAGGGCGUGUGGAAGAUUUUACGAAGGAAGUUAAACUGUUAAUAAAAGCGACGGAGACACAUGCUUUCCUGAAACCAUCCCUGAAAUCCUUGAAGCAGAUAAUGUCGGUUGUCUAUCCCGGAUUGGUACAGGCGGAGGAUUUUUUGUGAGGUAAUUCUUAGAUUCUUAGUGUGCAUAGGUGAAAGCAGGAGAGUUCACAAGAACAGAUGUAUAAACGGCCAGAGUUUUGCCUAACCUUCCUCUCUGGCCUCCCUUGUAACAAAAGAAAGCUAAUUUAAUCUGUCAUAGUCUAGAUUAGAAUUUAUAUAUCUCCUUCCUCAGUAUCUCUCGAGUGAUUUGCUUUAGAAAUGUUCCACAUGCUUUAUAAAAACAGUGACAUUUCUUUCCGCCAUUCUUUUCGAAUUUUAAUUUCGAUUUUUAUGAACUCUAUGAUGGACAAGAUUUCUGAGAACCCUAGCCAUUCAUGGUUGUC